UGUACUUGACUGUCCGUGAUAUUCUUUUCAAAAGCAAAAUGAACUCUCUAAAGACCGUUGCCGCGAAGGUAAAGCAUAGCCCUCAAGUUAUAAGAAAAACGUUUUCUGGUGCAGGUUCGCCGAGUCCGUACGCGAAGGUAACAGAGGGGGAGAAAAGCAAAGGUAAAAAUCAAGAAGACUGGCUUCAUGCUGAAGAUUCUUUGAAAGAAGGAAUUCACUUCUAUGUCAAGAUACUUGGAUCUUGUCCUGUGUUUCAAGCCCAAGGAUCAGGCUGCACUGUGUUUCAUAUUGUGUGGCCGACCCAACCUUUCCCAAAGUGUUUGCGUUCAUUUGUCGAUCACAAGGCAAACAAGAUUUGACGUGCCACGCUUUCCUCUGCAGCAAACCGGCAAUGGCUCAAGCCAUGGCGCUAACCAUUGCUGAUGCCUUUAAGCUUGCAUAUGAAAACCACGAGAAAAAAGCGGGACACGGAAAACCCGAGAAGGAUCACGGGAGUCCGCGAGUCUCACAGGACAACAAGGAGAAUACUGAACAGGCCACAUCUGUGAUUCAAAACGAAAACGUUGACAUUUACGCGACCCCUAUACCCAAAGAAAAUAGAGUAAACACGCCAAAAAUUCACGUAUCUGCAGAUUCCUCUUCGGGUAUAAUGGAUGACUCCAGUAAUAAACUGCAAGCCUUGGACAUUGCAGCAAAAGACGACGACUUUGACGCGGAAUUUACGAAAUUAGCAGAGUCAAGGUCCAGCCCUAUCUUGUUUGAGACACCAGUGAGGAGACGAGAUUUUUUUGGUGACGUCAAUCAUCUAAUGGCCACUGAAACAACUGCUAAAGAGUUAAUGCUGUCAAAAUCCAGCGAAGAUCUCUUGUCGAUGUAAUUUAUUCCCUAAUUAUUGAACAUUUAUGGAUUGGCUGUUGUACUUUCUAACCCGACCUUUCAGCUAUAUAGAGCGAUUGAUUUUUAAUUAACCGGUGUGGCGGUGGAAUAUGGUAACGACAGUUUUCUUUCAGAGAAGAAUUACAGCCUCGUUUCUUAGGAAAGGGGGGGGCUAGACCUAGGAGGUUCUCGUUUUCAUUUCUUAACUUUUUACCCCCUAACAUCAGCAUGCAAAUUCUCCAUGCUGGUUUCUACACAUUUCCUUUGGCUGUGACAAGGAGAAAUUUUUAA